AUGGGCGACGAUAAGUUCGAAUACCACUCCCUCCCUAUCCCCACCUACGAAGAAGCCACCGCUCAUGCUUCUUCAUCACGAGAUAAUCUUGGCGAUGGCUCCGAUGCCGAACGUCAGGGGCUUCUUGCUCGCGAGACCUCACAUUAUCAGCCCCCAACCGUCGAAUCAGUUCGUGGCAGUCUCGAUGAUCUCGCCUCGUCAGUAUCGGGGUCAUCCCGAGGCUCGGUGGAGGAGUUGCGCAGGGAACUAGAUCAAAUGGAUGUCGAUGACUCCGCGACAUCAUCCAGUACACGCUCUCGAUUACGACAGCGAUUCUUCUCUAAACGAUUUCCCACCCUCACUCGAACCCUCUCCGCAAUUCAUCGACCUUUUAAACGAUAUCUUCCGAGUUUACCAAGUUUCAACUUCAGAAUAAAUCUCAGCGAUGUACGAGCUCAGAUCAAGGACCAGGCAUGUCUUAUCCUGUUACGGAUAUUUGCUCUCAUGCUGGUGGUGACUUUGGUCUAUGUGUUCUUUAUUGGAGACAUUUUCAACUUGAACAAUCGCAUGAUCAUGGGUCAAACCUACAGCUCGUCAUCAGUGGAGAAUUUCAUCCAGGGCAACAUCAACGAUACCAACAUCGCCGAAACGCUCAAACACAUCACCUCAUUCCCCCAUAUCGCUGGUACAGAAGGUAGCUUUUACCUAGCAGAGUGGGUGGAACAGGCAUUCCACAGUGCGGGAUUCGACGAAGUGGAACGGGAAGAGUUCCAGGUCUAUUUGAAUUAUCCACUCGCCGACGGUCGCAAGGUAGCAAUCAUCGAUCCCCCUCAUUUGGCAUGGGAAGCGACACUGGAAGAGAACCACGAGGAAACCUUGGUGUUUCACGGCCACUCCAAGUCUGGAAAUGUGACAGGACCUCUCGUCUACGCCAAUUUCGGUUCCCGGGAAGACUUUCAGUUACUUGCCGACCGUGGUAUCUCCCUAAAAGGCACUAUCGCCUUGAGGAGAGAUCGGGCUUUGAAAAUCAAAGCAGCCGAGCUCGCGGGAGCGGCGGGGUGUAUAAUUUACUCCGAUCCGGCUCAGGACGGCUUUGUCCAAGGUCCCGCUUAUCCCAAGGGCCGCUACAUGCCCGCUGAUGGAGUUCAACGAGGUGGUGUCAGUAUCAUGUCUCAGGUUAUAGGAGAUGUUCUGAGCCCCGGGUGGGCAUCUACCCCACAGGAGAAACAUAGAUUGUCUCCAGAAGAAAGCCCUGGGUUGGUUCAGAUUCCCAGUCUUCCGAUCUCCUGGAGCGAUGCGCAACGGCUGUUACAGGCGCUAGAGGGCCAUGGCUCCAAGGUUCCGGAAGACUGGAUUGGUGGAGUUCCCGAUAUUAAAAGCUGGUGGACUGGUGAUCAAGAUUCGCCAACUGUCAACCUGAUGAAUCUGCAGGACGAAGUGGACAGAAUGCCCAUCUAUAAUGUGCAUGGAACGAUCAUCGGAUUGGAAGAGCGUGAGAAGAAAAUCAUUGUCGGCAAUCACCGUGACUCGUGGUGUCUUGGGAGUGUCGACCCUGGCAGUGGCACUGCUGUUUUUCUUGAAGUCGUGCGAGCCUUUGGUGAGCUGUUAACCUAUGGAUGGCGACCACUUCGCACCAUCGAGUUUGUUAGCUGGGAUGCCGAAGAAUACAAUCUUGUUGGUUCCACAGAACACGUUGAGAAGGAGAUCGAGAAUCUUCGGGCUAACGCAUAUGCGUACCUGAAUGUCGAUGUUGGCGUAUCUGGCUCUCAGUUCCGCGCGUCCGGUUCACCUGUCUUUGAACGCACUCUCAUGCAGAUCUUGGGACGUCUUUCUGACCCUACUGCGAACAAAACACUGAAGGACCUCUGGAAAGAGAAGGGCAGCAAGCUCGAGCCACUCGGUGCUGGUAGCGAUUACGUCGCUUUCCAGGAUAUUGCGGGCACGUCAAGCAUUGAUUUUGGUUUCGAGGGAGAAUCCUACCCUUAUCACAGUUGCUACGAGUCUUAUGACUGGAUGGAGAAAUUCGGAGAUCCAGGCUUCCAAUACCACAAGCUUCUGGCGCAGUUCUGGGGUCUCUUAUUGCUGGAUCUUUCUGAAAAUCCCAUGCUUCCAUUCGAUAUGCAGGCAUAUGGUAGAUACGUUACUGGGUGGGUAAAAGACCUGGACGAGUUUGCCAAAUCUCACAAGGCAGACGUCAAUUUGGAAGCCAUGUACAAUGCUGCCGCCGAACUGGAGUCUAACAGCAUGAAGUUCGAGUCCUGGAAGCAGGCAUGGCAUGAUACUGUCUGGGGUUCUGGUGGAUACGAAAGCAACGUCAUGGCUCUUCAGCGUGUGAAUCACAAUAUGCGGAUGGCCAAAUUCGACACUACUCUUUUGGAUCUUGAAAAGGACGGUGGUAUCCCCAACCGCACUCAAUUCCGACAUGUCAUCUUUGGACCUGAAUUAUGGUCCGGCUAUGAUGCCUCUGUCUUUCCAGCUAUCCGUGAUACCAUCAACACAGGCAACUGGACACUGGCACAGCAUUGGAUCGACCGUGUAGCCAAUGUGAUCCAUACUGCCAGCGACAGUCUCCUUACCUAA